AGCCAAGGCCUGCGGGCGGCGCUGCGGCUCGGCGGGAGGCUGAGCUCCGCGGCUGGGCUCCAGGCAGCGUCGCGGUGGCGGAGACUGGCAGCUGCAGCGAUGGCGGCGAAGACGCCGCCGCCACGGCGGGCGGGGGAGGAAGCAGCGCAGGCGCAGGCGCAGGCCUUGGCGCCGCUGGGGGGCGCGACCCGGCGGCCGCUGCCGCCUUCCUGCUGGGCCCGAACGCCGACUCGGACAUGGCGCUACUGGCCGAACACCUGCUGAAGCCGUUGCCGGCCGACAAGCAGAUCGAGACGAGGCCCUUCCUGGACGCCGUGGCCCACCUGCCGCCCUUCUUCGAUUGCUUUGGCUCGCCCAUCUUCACGCCCAUCAAAGCGGACAUCAGCGGGAACAUCAAGACAAUCCGGGCCGUCUACGACACAGACCCCACCAAGUUCCGGACCCUGCAGAACAUCCUGGAGGCAGAGAAGGAGAUGUACGGGGCCGAGUGGCCCAAGGUUGGGGCCACGCUGGCCCUCAUGUGGUUGAAAAGGGGCCUGAGGUUCAUCCAGGUGCUGCUCCAGAGCAUCUGUGACGGAGAGCGUGACGAGAACCGCCCCAACCUCAUCCGUGUCAACGUGACCAAAGCCUACGAGAUGGCCCUCAAGAAGUACCACGGCUGGCUGGUGCAGAAGAUCUUUCAGGGAGCGCUGUAUGCCGCCCCAUACAAGUCGGACUUCCUGAAGGCUCUCUCCAAAGGGCAGGACAUCCCGGAGGAGGAGUGCCUGGAGAAGAUCCGCCUCUUUCUGGUCAAUUUCACGGCCACCAUCGACGUCAUUUAUGAAAUGUACACCAAGAUGAACGCCGAGCUCAACUACAAGGUGUAGCCGCCGGCGCCGGCCUGCUGCCUCCAGAGUACCCGAAUCACUGUGAAAAGAAUUCCUCCUCCACAGCUCCGGAGCCCGCGCCAGCGGCCCGUUUUUAAUAGAGAGGGACCUGUUAUGUUCAGGUCUAGAUAGCAUUUUAAGCGUUUUCUAUCCGAACAGAGCAAUAAGAUUUAACGAGCCCAUCUCCACUUUGCCUUAGAGUUUCACGGGGGCCCGUGAACACCGUCUUCAGAGCUCCUCUGACUGGGGUUUAGUGAUUAACUUUUCUAAUCAAUCAAGUCCUGAGUCGUUUUGGUUUGAUUUUGCCGUUAUGACCUGCAGAGUGCGUGACUUUGGAGAAACGGCGCACGCGUGCAGUGGGGGAAGGAACCGCGCAGCCCGCGGGCUCCCUCCCACGCAUUUUAGCUACAAUAAUGAAGUGUGAUUUGAGGUGAUGUGGGACUUUCUGACGGGUGUGGGGUCCCUCUUGUCCUGGCGUCUGCUGCUGCUGCUGCUGCCUUUCUGCUCACUUCUGGCCAGAUGUUUUUAAGGCUCCAGCGAAGCCCGGAAGCCUGACUCUCACCCAGGACACUCUUUGAUACUGGCUCCGACUGUCCCAGAGGGCCAUGCUCAGCUUCCUCUGGAUUGGCUCUUCCCUUCAGGGACAGCGUUUCCAGCUUGCUCUUGUGACCUGUAUUAUCCCAGAGGGAGUUGGGGGGAGACCUCUGGUGCUGCGGAGACCGAGCCCCCCCGUCAGCCCCCAUUUUGCCUUAAUCGUGACUCUUGGGAGCUGCUAAGCUGUGAUCGAGAAUUGUUUUGGUCUCGAGUUGAGUAGCUGUAUUGCUCUUGGGGGAAAAGUACGGGGGACUGUGAUGCAAAAACCCCAAGAAACAGAAAACAAACCUGAAUAACCCUUAUUAAAACUAUUUUCAAACUA